AUGGAUUUGCAAGCGACAGUUGAAUUUGCCAUCGAAUUACACAAAUUUUAUAACAUUGACUUGUUUCAACGGGGCUUGUAUCAGCUGAAAUGCUACCUAAAAGUGUUGCCGAAAAUCCUGCCGGUGCAAUUUGAGACGACAAUUGGCGAGGAUUCGUUCCCCGGGCAGAAUUAUGGCGCUUCAAGGAUUUUUCAAAUUUUAUACAGGAACGAGGAGGUUCUGCUACGAGAUGUUAUCAUGUUUAGAGUUCAUUUGCUGGUCGAUAGUCGACAUUUGAAGGAGUCAAUUGAGCGAGCAGAGUUCGUUUUAACCGUUGAAUUAUGGUUCGGCGAUCAAGCAAGCGAUCAAGACAUGUCAAUGGUAUCAUCGCGUACUUUACAGCUGAACUUCCAUCCCGUGCUUGGCCUGCAUUACCAUUUACCAAUAUUGUUCGAUUACUUUCACUUGAGUGCUGUUUCGAUCCAAAUUAACGCCAGUUUGAUCGUUAUUUCGACGAAUUAUGUCAAUCUUCACAAAAACACCAAAUUAUGGAAUUCAAGUUCAAAAUUGAAUUGUCGCACGCCUCCAACGGGUCCCCUGGACUUUGCAUCCGGACAAUUAGAUGCACUUUUCUUCGGAACGCAAGUUGGCAACUCCAUACGAUGCGCGGGCGGCAAUUCACAACGACUGGGACACGCUCGGAAUGUUCACAAGGAAAUUUGUGAGCUGUUAUUGGGUGCCCUCGACUCUCUUAAUAUUACGCUAGAGGAAUUUAAUAUUGUAACUCCAAUUAAUUAUAAAAGUAAUAGGAAAAUUUUAAAUGUAGAACAAAGACUGAAACAAAUUAUGGAAUCGGCGGAGACGAUGGAAAAUGAGGACGAUUUUGCAUCGCAUGCCAAUUCCAAUAUUGCCAAAUUGUGUGCGGAGUGCGUUUCUCUAUGGCGAAAGGUAGUUUCCGCCACAUCCAAAACUUCCAUUAAAAAUUUGUUAGCAAAAAAGAACCACACCUUACGUGUUCGUCGCUUCAGUGAAGGAUUUUUCGUGAUAAACCAUUCCAGGCAGCAGAUUUACGAGACAAACGGUCAAAAUUACAUCGAAAUUUGCCAAGUUGCACGUGGAAAGUAUCUCACAAGCAUUCCAAUGUUGCCCGUUCAUUGCAUGGCACUCGACGGAGAUGCAUUGACACUUCCCCUGAUCUUCGAGGACAAAUUCGAAAUUGGCGGAAAUAGUAACGAACCGACGCCAACGAUGCUCAUGAAUGGCAGUGGCGUGUACGAAGCCAAGGAUCGUCCUCGGGCGCAGUCAAUUUUAUCAAAUCGAUCGAUGAACGGCAGUUUAAAGAACCCAAAACAGCCGCAAUGUUCGUGUAAAGUUGAGCCAGACACGGUUAGUUGUAAAUAUAUGGGCGGCGUAACGACACCGCGAUUCGCCUUGGGACGCGAUAUUCUUCAAGCAAGUCUCACAAUUAUUCCGCAGGCGGCUCAAGUUGACUUACGCGGGACUCAUUUCGCUAAAAAUGGAUUGAAUUACGGGAAUUUUAAUUGUGUCGAGGCAUGUGGGGUGUUACCUACGCGUCAUAGCAAGUCCCUGGAUCAGCUGGAACAAGAACCGAAUUGCAUCACGCCACGCUCAGAAACGUUCUAUGGAGGCACCAGAGGCAACGAAGAGUUUUUAUAUAAGACAUUGCAAGUGUUGGAAGUCACUCGAGCCUCACAGGACCUAGGUUUGCCACUGAAAAAGCGUCCCGGCAUCCAACAAAGAGAGGAUUUGCUGAAAAAUAUCAACGAGUUUAAGCAAAAGUAUAAAAAUCCGGGAUCGCAAAUGUUUCCCGGCAUGGUUAGUUUGAACGAUAUUGAACUUACGCAACUUAUCAGCACCGAAGAAGGAACAGGAGAGACUAAAUGUACUCUGACUUUAGAUAGAUUUCCCGGAAAACGAGCUGAAAAUGCUCCAAAAGACCAAAAAUCGGUGUCUCAAAACGGAUUUCACUUCAAUUCGUUGCCAAAAAAUUCAACAAUUAAUGGAACCACACCUCCAGCACGCCAAAAACGUUAUUCGAAACAUCAUUCCACGCCACGAGAAAUGGGCGGAAGCUUUAGUACGUUGCCCCGGAGCAAAUCAACUCAAAAUAUCAACCGGCAAAAGCGGGAACAGCAAUCGCAGCAACAACAAAGGUCUCAUCACUCCUUCAGAUACUCCCGCGUUCGCAUCACGGACUACAAACAUCAACGGAAGAAGAGUCGCAGUCGUCGUUCGGUAGCGUCGCAACGAGAUUCCUCCUCCAGUAGUACCGAAAGUGAAAAAGGAUUGUACGAAAGAUGUAAAAUGCCUCCACGUUCAAAGAACCAAAAGAAAAUUUUGAGUUCUGUGUCGGUCCCGCAUCAACUGGAACAUUUAAAUGGAGUAGAUGCUGAAGCUGGAGUGCAAAGUGACAGUCUCCCAAGUAGCUCUUCGUCCUCGCCGCGCCUCGUGAAAAGCGAAAGUCUAAAAAUAAACGGAAAAAAAUCAAAUUCUGAGCAAAAAGAGAACACUUACGGCUAUUUAACGAACGGGCGACGCCAAACAAACGAAGGUCUCAAGCAAAAACCGCCGCGCCAAACAAAAAAAGGCAGCGAAAAAUCAAAAUCCGAGUUUGAUCUGCCGAACGCCAACGACGCCACGAUCGAAGACUUGAAACUUGUGCCACCCGAACAGUUUAGAGAUACAAUUUUCACGCCAUUGCCUCCCGAGGAGUUUCGUGACUCGGACGAAAUUAAUCACAACAAUGUCAACGGAGCCAAGGUCCAGUCCGAAACUCGUUCCGAAACGCACGAGCGUCGACAAAAACCUAAAAAAGUCGCUUUACCGACAACAACUCACAACAUGCAGCUUUUGCGACAACAGCAACAUCCCGUUUUCAAGGCACAAGCAAUCGAUAACCCGCUAUAUCACAUGUGCACGAUCGGCCAGCAGCUCCAAAGUGACAAACCGAGCAGUAAAAUCAUCACAAAAUCCCAAAGUACAAACGAGCUAUUCGGCAUGGAACGGAAUAACAGCUACAAUGCGAGUCGCAUGUCACUGAAUAAUGGCAUCUCGCACUCAAAUUCCCCGAAAUCGCUGCAAAAAAUGGACACGUUGUCAAUUAGAGACUCGGGCAGUGAAAAACAAGUGAUGCAACCGCCACUCCUUGAAUUCGAGAAAUGUCGCGAGGAAUUUCGGAAACAGGUCAAUUACAUGGGUUCAAUUUAUUCGGAUUUUACGAAGCUAGCGUCGGAACUUCCUUAUUUCUAUAUAAGCGAUGAGCUGAGGGUUUUUUCGCCCAACGGACUGCAUUUGAUUGUUUGUGUUCAUGGACUCGAUGGAAACGCCAACGACUUGAGACUUUUUCGUACUUACCUAGAACUAGGAUUGCCGGGUGCUAAUUUGGACUUUUUGAUGUCUGAACGAAAUCAAGGCGACACAUUUUCCGACUUUGAUACAAUGACUGAACGAUUAGUUAAUGAAAUUUUAUAUCAUAUCGAAUCGUAUGGACUUAAUCCCGCUAAAAUUUCGUUUGUGGCACACUCAUUAGGAACGAUUCUGGUGAGAGCAGCACUGACCAAACCACAAAUGAAGCCAUUUUUAGGCAAAUUACAAACUUUCCUAUCACUCUCUGGACCACACUUGGGCACACUUUACAAUACUAGUGGAUUGGUUAACAUGGGCAUGUGGUUCAUGCAAAAAUGGAAGAAAUCGGGUUCGUUACUGCAAUUGUGCUUGCGCGACGCUUCAGAUUUGCGACAAUGUUACCUUUACAAGUUGAGUCAGAAGAGCACGUUGCAUCAUUUUAAGAAUAUUCUACUUGUUGGUUCCUUACAAGAUCGUUAUGUUCCUCUUCAUUCAGCGAGACUUGAAAUUUGUAAACAAGCACAACGAGACAACUCCCCGACAGGCAUCGCCUACAAAGAAAUGGUUCACAACAUCCUGUCGCCGAUAAUUUCGAAAACGGAUCCGAUCAAUGUUUCGCGAUUUGAUGUGCAUCACGCCUUGCCCCGGAUGACAAAUGCAUCAGUUCUCAUCGGCAGAGCGGCUCACAUUUCCUUCCUCGAUUCCGAACUCUUUAUUGAAAAGUUCUUACUAGUUGCUGGCCUCAAAUAUUUUACAUAG